UGUGUUCCCUUUUUGAAUUAUGAUAAAGUGUGGCACGUGAAUUGCAUUUGUGUCUGUCAAUGUAUAUUAUACUUAUUUUUUCUUUUAUAGGUCUUAGAUUAGUGAUACCGAAUACCGGACUGGUAAGUAGUCAUUAGUCAAGUCCUAAGUUCAACAUCCUGAUCAGUGAUUAGCUGUAUGAGAAAGUUGAUCGAACGCCACCAUAAUGGAUUAUACUCCGACCACAGUGUCAGCGACCGUGGCCAAAAUACUAUGUUGUCAGUGUGGAGUGGCCAUGGAGCCAAAUCCGGCUAACAUGUGUGUGUCGUGUCUGCGUACUCAUGUUGACAUCACUCAAGAUAUACCCAAACAAGGGACACUGAUGUUUUGCCGUAAUUGUGAACGUUAUUUGCAACCUCCAUUUGAAUGGAUAUCGUGUUCAUUGGAAUCUAAAGAACUUUUAGGAUUGUGCCUUCGUAAACUAAAGUCAUUGAACAAAGUAAAACUGGUUGAUGCUGGAUUUAUUUGGACUGAACCUCAUUCUAAACGUAUUAAGGUUAAACUUACUGUUCAUGGUGAAGUUAUAAGUGGCAUGACAUUACAGCAAGUCUUUGUCGUUGAGUUUACCGUUGCCAAUCAGAUGUGUGAUGAUUGUCAUCGAUCAGAAGCACAAGACUAUUGGCGUGCUUUGGUUCAAGUUAGACAGAAAGCAGAUAAUAAGAAAACAUUUUAUUAUUUAGAACAGUUGAUGUUAAAACACAAGGCUCAUCAAAAUACUCUAUCUAUAAAACCGGAGCCAAGUGGUUUGGAUUUCUUUUACUCGACAGAAUCUCAAGCGCGUAAACUUGUUGAUUUUAUGUCGGCUGUGUUGCCAUGUCGUCAUCAGCAUUCUAAAAAAUUGCUAUCACAUGACAUUCACAGUAAUGUUUAUAAUUACAAGUUUACUUAUAGCGUUGAAAUUGUGCCAAUUAUGAAAGAUAGUGUUGUUUGCUUGUCUAAGAAAAUGAGCCAACAAUUAGGUGGUAUUAGUCCAUUGAGUAUUGUUUAUAGAGUUACUAACUCAAUUAAACUAAUUGAUCCUUCUACUGGUCAAUUGGCAGAUGUUAGUAGUGCUAUGUAUUGGCGUGAUAGUUUUCAAAGUAUAUUUAACAGCAAACAAUUGACGGAGUACAUAGUGAUGGAUAUUGAGCCUAUCAUGGACAAGGAUAGAAUAUUAUUCCCUGGACAAGGCCAAAUUUCUUACAAACAUACUUUGGCUGAUGUUUGGGUAAUCAAAGCUUCUGAUCUUGGUCUGACAGAAAAUACAAUACAUUGUCGUUCACAUUUGGGACACAUUCUAAAACCAAUGGACUCUGUAUUAGGAUAUGCAAUUGCUGAUAGUAAUGUUAAUGAUUCUAAUUUUGAUAAAUUGUCCAAAGCGUCUCUGGUAGAUGUCAUUCUUAUUAAAAAACACUAUCCUGAUCGUCCUAGACAUCGUAAACGUAAUUGGAAACUGAAACGGAUGACAACGGAUACAGAAAUGAACUUGGAAAGUGAUGAUAAUGAUAUGGAUGAAUUCAUGGAUGAUUUAGAAGAAGACAAAGAUCUACGACAGAAUGUUAACAUUUACAAAAAUGUUGAUGCGGGUACAUUGCCUGUACAAGAUGACCCAGAAACGCCUAAAAUAAAUUUAGAAGAAAUGAUGGAAGACUUAUAUAUUUAUGAAGAUGAUGUUAUGGAGGUCUAUGAGUAAAUCACUAUUUGUAUUUUGGUUUAACAAAUAACAUUUGAAGUAUAUAAUUUUAAUUAUAUUUA